AUGUAUGAUGAUGAUAGUCGAAAAUGGUCUCGUAAUGGAAGUUUCAACAGUAAUUGUAGAAGUAUAAAUUCAAGCCGUGGUAGUGGUGAUAAUAAUUCGUUAAUGGAACUUACCGACGAGCACGUUUUAUGUUUGCUUGAUCAAGCAAUUGAUCAUCACAGUAAUCAUACUUCAAUGACUACAAGACGUCAUCUACCACAAAUUCCUUUUCAAUCAACAGCAAUGCCAACAAAUGAUCAUUCUCAAUUAUCAUCUCGUUCAGUUAUUGAAGAUUUAUUUGAAAUAUUUGAAAAUAAUGCUGAUUUUAUUACAAGAGGAAAACGUUUAUUAAAUAAAAAACGAAAAUUAGAACAAUUACGAGCACAACUUAGCUUACCAGAAGAUUUAACUAAUGAAGAUACAGUUAAAUUAUUACAAUUAAGAGAACGUUUGAAAGCAAAACGAAGACUUCCUAAUGUUUUUCCUGAACUAGAAAAAUCAUCAAUGAAUAGAGAGCUAACAAGAAUUAAUCGAAAAUCAUCAGCUAGUAUGCCUGAUCUUACUCCAACAGCAUUAGUUGAUACAACGAAUCAAUCAUCAUUAUUUGAUCCAAAUGCUUCAUUAAGUAGUUCUGUCUAUCGAAAACGACGACGAAAAUCACUUUUUCGAAAACAAGUCGGACCUGAAUUUGCUAUACGAUCUGAUAGUAAAGCUGAAAAAAUCAUAGUCCCUAGUCGAAAUCCAUUGGAAUGUAUUUGUCAAGUUGUUGUUCUUCUUCCUAAUAAUAAUCGAGUACAAGUUUGUUGUAAACCAAAUGCUACUGUACGAAUUAUCUAUGAAACUAUUGUAACUUAUGUUGAUUUAAUUGAUCAUGAUCUUUUUGGUCUUACAAUUCUGAUUGAUGGUGAAUAUUCUUUUCCUUCAAUGGAUCUUAAAAUAUCGAAAUUAAUAAAUGAUUCGAAAUGGAAAACUGGUCACACAACAUUUGUUAUGCAAUUAAAAAUAAAAUAUUUUGUUAAUGAUAUUACUUUACUCAGACAUUUUCUUACACAACAUUUUUUUUAUUUACAAUUUCGACAAAUGAUUCUUGCUGAUUCAUUUCAAACAUCAAUUGAACAAAAAUUAUCAUUUUCAGCAUUAGCUUAUCAAGCUGAGUAUGGUGAUUCAAUUGAUAAAGAAAAAUUAUCAACUGAUUUUGUUGUUGAACAUUAUGCAUCAAAUGAUUUAAUUAAUCAGUAUGGUAUUCCAAAUUUACGACAAGAAAUUAUCAAAAGACGAUAUUUUUAUGCUGAAUUAAAUGAUGUACAAGCUGAACAAUUGUUUAUAGAAAAUGUGAUGAAAUUAGGUAAAAUAUUUAUUUGUUUCUUUUCUUACACAAUAAUCAAAAGAAGUAUCAUAUUAGUAAGUUAUAAAUGAUUAAUGUUAAUUACAUCUGAAUCAAGAAAAUGAUUCAAUCAAGGAUCUUCAAUAGUUUGAUUCAUGUAAAAUCAGACUUAUCAAAUCUUCUGAUUUUUAAGUUUUUACUUUAACUUUAAGAAACACUGUAAGUGAAAAACAAAAAGGAAAAGAAAAUUGAUUUAUCAUAAUGUUUAAUGAACAUUAUGUUUUUCGAAGUAUUUUCAGUCCCACAGAGGUUCUUUUUUUGAUAAAAACUAAAACAGAAUGCUACACGAUUUACAAGGGAAUAUCUCCAGUUUUUCGAUCGAGAAGAUGUCCAUUUGAUGAUUGCUAUUGAGUAAUAGAAAAGUAUAGAAUGGUUUGGUUUUCUGAGCCGUUGUUCUCUAGUGAUCGAAAUGUUACCGAAUUUUUCAACAAUAAACUGUGAUUCCCGCAGAUCAUGUAAGAGUUUCAACUUCAAAAUUUGCAUGAAUAAUGAGAUUAGUUGAUUGCUCUAGUAUUUCCUUUCUUUGAUAUAAAUAUAUUAACAAAAUUUGCUUUCACACAUGACAGAAUUCCAAAUGUUGAAUACAUCAGGAUAAAAGAUAUUAGAAGAGUUACAACUUGCUCAAUGAACUAAUCUUAUCAACAGCUUUGUUCGUGUGACAUCUGAAGUCGAUGCUAUCAAGUCAUCUAAGGGAAAUCGCAGUUUUUUGUUGAAAAAUCUAGUGAAAUUUCGAUAUCUUAAGAACCAAAAUUCAAAAAAUCAAACUGUUUAUAGACUUUUCUAUUACUCAUCAGAUAAACAUGGUCUUGGUCGAAAAGCGAUUUGACAUAUGGAGGGAUUCUCUCGUUCGUUAGAGCAGAAUUUAAAAGAAGAAUGAAUAUUGAUUACUAAUUAUACACAGCUUUGUAAUUAUUUCCUAAAUAAGUCACUUCUCUUUAAACAGAAUUCUUUCAGCACAAUACAGUCAUGUUCUACACGAAGAAGAACAGCCAAGACUUCAGUCUUGAAGUCUCAUAAAGUCUUCUGAAAUCCUACGAAGUCUUUCGAAGUAUGCUGUUUCCUCCUCUGUUCUAUUGUUUUUUUGUUUUUGUAUAUUUCAAUAAAUGAUCCUGGAAUGAUCGAUGAUAGAAGUUUUAAUGAUUAUCUUUCUUUUUCAUUUGACAUGAAUUUGAAGAAAAUAUUUCCACUAUCAAGCUAAUAUGACACGGAAAAAACGCUUAAUGGAAUGGAUUUAUUAUUGUUUUUCGAGAAAAAAUCGCUACAUGCUUCUCUAACUCCAAAUAAAGUUUCCUAAUUUUCCUUUUGAUAAACUACUGAUUUUUUACGAUAAAUCUACGGACUUCUGAUAUUUAGAUUUUGUAAGUCUGUGUUAAAUUUAAAGAAAGAUUUUAUUUAUUUUUCUAUCAUACAU